AUGCGACGUAAUGUUUUGAUUUGGCGUUAUGGUCAUAAGCAGGCGUUUUGUCGUUUGUCUUCUAACAAAUUCGUCAUUGAUGCUAUUAUAAUGACCUCCAUUUCAAAACGAGAAUAUAAAACGAUGAUGUCAAGUUUAAUUACGUCGUAUAAUCAACACACAGAUGACGUAACGUCAUUGCAGUGCCCAAUUAAGAAUACCACUUUGUACUGUCUCCUUACAUCAACUGUGAAUAAAGAUAGCUGCUACAUUAAUAUGGGUAGAAAAACCAAAUUUAAACGAAAUGGGGAGGAAAUUCGUUUAGAACGAAGGGCUUUACGAAAAGCAGAAGAACACAAGCCAAAAGUUGUAAACGAAAAUGACGAUGCUAAAAAGGAACGUCCUGUCGUAAAACCCAUCAGAGAAAAACUGAAGGAGAAAAAACAACCACAGUAUCAAAAAAAGUAUUUUGUGACCAUAAAUGUUCAAACAAAUGCAAACGAUCCAGCGGAGACCAAGUAUGACAUCGAAGCAGGAAAAAAUCUUGAAACAAUAAAAUUGCGCACUGAUAUUUCAAGGACCAAUGACCCUGCUCCUAUUAUACCAAUAGCUCCAAAAAUAGAUAAUUCCAUCAUUCAAAGAGAAAGAAAAAGGAAGCGGACAGAAACAUUAGAACGAAUAAGUGCAUGUAAAAAAACAGAAGUUUUUGAAAUUGAAGAUUUAAUACAAAUGAAUCGCUUUCCGCGAGUAAAUACAAAUUCUCGGGCACUGGAAGCCUUUCUUGAUGAUAUCGCAAAAAAAAGACUUAAAAAGAGAGAACAUAACAAAGAAAGGUGCAAGCAGAUUUCGGCAGACUUUUUAAAAGUUAUCGACGAAGAGUAUGUUCUUCGCAAGGAUGUAAGAAAACACGAGAUUGCGCUAGAGGAGUUGUUGUGUGUUGACACGGAUAUAAUUCCCACAAUGCAACACCCGGGAGAAGAACAGCCAAUUCCGACAAGACAAAGUUUCGAAGAAGUAAAGGAUGUUUUGAGGAAAUUUCUUAAUUUGAGAAACAGAAAACUUCACACCUGCGUUUUAACUGGUUGUCGAAGAAAUAAAGCUGGUGAUAAUUACAUGGACAUCCUGAGUAAGUGUGAACGCAACAAAAGCUUAUUAAAUUGCAUAAUAGAACGAAGAAGUGGCAAAAGACAACUGGGGCAUCGGGUAUUAAGCGCAAGUGUUAAAAUACUCACAAAAAUAGAACAGCAACUUAGGUCAAACGUGGUUGCAAAAUCGAAACUGAUACCGGCAAAACAUUGGACGAAACGAUUACGCACGCACGACAGUGCAAUUAACCGUCAUAACUUGGACAUAAUUCGUAUGAAUAAAGCUAUUCAAAAUAAAAGAAACAAGAUCAAAAUUCUUCAGCAAGAACUGGUAGACGUCGAGGAAGAACACUUGAAAACAAAACGUCUACUUAGAAAAAUAAAAAUGGAAUUUGAAAAGAAUGUUAUUCAGAGCGAGAGCUAUGUUAAGGCUGCUCGAGAAGGAGAAAAAAUAGAAAAACUUAUUACUGAGAUAGGGAGGAAGAAUGACGCGGACAGUGCCAAGAUCGAAUAUCUAAAGGACGCGUACAUGCAAAUAAAGAAAGAGAAGAAGAACCAGACUAUUUUAUUGAAAGAAAUUGAAAAAAAUACCCAAAUGCUAAAUGCUUUUAAAAGAAAGUGGAAGCAGAGAGAAGUUGCGCAGAUAAAGUUAAAAGAAACAAUUCGCCGCAAUACUGGAUCGAUUUUAAAAGAAGAAGAAAAAAUGGAAGAGUUGAAAACACGCUUGAAGAACUUUACAAAUGAAAUAAACCAACAGUUAAACCAAAUAGAUGACAGUAAAUAUCAACACAGAAAACUCUCCCUAAAAUUGGAAUAUAUUAUCAGUGGGACAAAACGUAAGCAUACCGAUCACACUAAUGGAAUACAGAAUGUGAUCGCCGCUUCAUGGGACCAAAUUAUGGAGAACACGUACUAUGUUCAUAGGAGAUUGUCAAUCCUCAGUCAUGAAAAAUUUAAAAUAUUCAUUUCUCUUCCUUUUCAAAAUUCGGUGUACACUUUUUUUAUCUGCUUUUUUAUAUCUGUUUCUGUGGUUUGUCUCUGUGUUUUGGAUCAACUUUAUUUCCAAGGCUCUUUUGAUAUGAAACAGCAACAUGUUCGAUGUGCAAAAGAGGAAAAAAACAAGGUUGUUAGGGCAGGAUUGUUAGUAUGCUAA